AGGAUUUCUGGAACAGUCUCCGCGGCCUACUUCAGAGCUUUGGCUGGAAUGGGAUACCUUUGCAACCCUCAUAACGACUUUCGACAGUUGCGUCCCACUACCGAAGCGUGAUUGUGAAGUGCAGCAGCUGCAUGUUUCCGGCAUCACAGAUGGUGUAUACGGAGACUAUAUGAAUGAUCUCGAUGAGACCAGCCAGUUUCCUCCAUUGGAGAGCCGGGAUACCGGGGAAAGUAGUCUCGAUCAACGUGUCGACGAUUCGGAACGGGAUUUCCAGCGUGCAAUAGUCCCGAUUGAUACCGCUACUCGUGUUCCUCAAAGAUUGUAUCAGCCGCGAGGAGAAACUGAGCGAGAGAAAUACGUGCAAGCAGCGAAUUUAUCUUUGCCUAUCCUCUUCUACGCAGAGAAGCCACAUGAGCUGGGUAUAGCCUUGGAAGAGAUUCUCAAAAAUUCGAGAUGUCUCAGCGAUAGGGAUGACCUGGUGUUCGAAGGGGGCGGCCGAUCUAUCUCAGUGAGAUUAGAGUGGCCUGGUUAUCCUCCCUGGAGUUAUCAGCUCCCUACCAGAGACUGUCGCAAGACACCAGGCCCUAUCACUAAAGCAAAACUUGCAAAGAAACUUGCAACCUGCAUACGCAAAUUUAUUCAGAAAAUGGCGAAUCACCGCGUGGAGGACGACUCUGAUCCUAUGUGGAGGAUUAGCCCCCAUCACAUAAAAUUUGAAGAACUCAUACUCAUCAGUUUAGAGCACGUGUCGCAAGGAAGUUGGCAGCCUCAGUUACAACUUCGGCGACAGAUGCGGGGUGCAUCCAGCAGAGCUUGACAAUCCUGAGGCCCGUUUCAUUUUGAGGUGGGAGACAGUGUUCAAUUCAAAUUUCUCAGGCUCAGUUCACUUCCCUCGCUACCGAGAGUUCGAUUUCUUAUCUCUUGCGCAAUCUCAUGUGCUUCUGUCACAGGACCAAUAUUUCUUUCCAACUUUGCCAACGGCGGCCACUACUCGCGUGCAGAUUCAUUCUAUUGCAAGCCAUUACACUUUCCUCUUCCUUCAUAUUCAAUGUUAUGCAUCAUGCUUUCUGUCGUCUUGUUUUCGUAGCUAUCCAUCGGAUCAUACCCGAAUUCUUAUUCUGCAAUUCAAGGAUCUUCGGUUUCAAUGAAAGUCAAACUCCAAAAUGCGUAAUUAAUAUCCUUAUCGUCCAAUUUUCGACCCCGAGUAA